AAACGGACAAAAGGAACGAAGUGCAAAAACAAAAAGACAAAGAAAUCAAAAAACUAGUGCUUUAUCGACAAAGUUUUAAGUUAUUACUAAGUGUGCGAAUUAGUGAUAAUGGUGUCCGUCCAAACAAUAGCCACUAUUGUGGUAAAAGUAUUUAAGAUUGUGCUAAACAUCGUUAUCCUAGUGUUGUAUCGCACUGGGUACAAUGGUGAGUUCCUCGGUGUCGGUGGUACGUGGAACCUCAACGAGGAGAAGAAUCCGGAUGCAGAAAUCGUCGCUUCUGGUGUCAUCGUUGGCUACCUUAUCUACACGCUUGUACAAGUUGUUACAUUCUUGUUCGGCACCACUGAGCAUAAACGUGCACUAGGUGACAUAGUGAUGAACUUUGUGGGCGUGUUCCUGUGGAUCGCGGUGGGUGCAGUGGCGCUGCACUAUUGGGGCGGCUACCAGGGCGAGCACCAGUUCCAGUUCGUCUUCGCAGAAAGACAGGUGGGACUAGCAGUGGGCGCUCUCUGCGUGAUCCAAGGCGCGGUGUACUUACUUGAUACGGUACUUGCAAUAAUACACUUCACCAAGGAAAUGUAAACGCAAACACAACAUCAAUUAAAACUGGAGUGCUUGUACACUGGGAGCUUAGUAACUAUAUCACCGAUCUCGAAGGAUUUCCUCUGCGAACUGGAUAUCUACGCUGUCACAAUUGCUCCGCUAACGGAAGACGUGUCGGAGUUCGGUGGCGGCGCGCGCGUGGUGUGGGCCAUGUCUGCGGGCGACAGGGAGGCUGAGGCGCAAGCCAAGAAGGGAGAAGAGGGAGAUGGCAACGAACGCGACAGCCGCGCAGCAGCCGCCCUCAAGCGCAACUGGUGUAUCGGACUCAGGAUCACUGAAAUGAUAUUAUCUGUGAUCGCAAUCGGUCUGAUUGUGGGUGCUCUGUACUCGCCGCAAGUCGUGCAAUCUGACCAUAGACACAUCGCUCUCAUCUUUUCAUCAUACUCAAGCUAUAUCAUCAUUACUGGGGUGCUAAUCAUCGCGCGACUGCUGGGCGAGUCUGCUGGCUGGAGAACAUCAAUUGGCUUCUCAAUAAUGGGCUUCAUCAUGUUUACUGCUGCUGCAGCUGUUAUAUUCUAUGAUUGGCACAGAUCUUACUACGCGAAUCUUCGUCCGAAUAAAGAGGCUUACGAUUUACUAAUUUCUUCAGGUGUUUUCUCUAUCAUUAAUGCCGCUGUUUUCCUUAUUCAUAUUUUCUUAACUUUCAAGAAAGAAGCUGAUUAUUAGGAAAAGUUAGGUUUAGUAUUAAGUUUUAACAUUUAGUUUUUGUUAUAAUUUAUCUACAGUAUCAAAG